AAAGUGAGUAUUAGUUUAAGAUCAAAUGAACUUUACAAGUACAUUUUUCCAAGGUACUUUGUCAGAUGGAAAAGAAACUGCUGUGAAGAGGCUCUCAAAAAGCUCUAGACAAGGAUUAGUUGAGUUCAAGAAUGACGUUGCACUUAUAGCCAAACUUCAACAUCGGAAUCUCGUAAAGCUUCUAGGAUGCUGCAUUCAAGGGGAGGAGAAAAUGCUGAUUUACGAAUAUAUGCCUAACAAAAGUUUGGACUUCUUCAUUUUUGGUUCAGAUUCCUUUGGAACCCAGUCAAUUAAAUUUGCAGUGGGAAUUGCUAAAGGGCUUGUCUAUCUACAUGAAGAUUUUCAAUUGAGGAUUAUGCAUAGAGAUCUCAAAGCAAGCAAUGUUUUGCUUGAUAGUGAAAUGAACCCCAAAAUUUCUGGCUUCGACAUGGCUAGAACAUUUGGAGAAGAGUCUGAGGGAAGCACAAAGAGGGUGGUUGGAACCCAAAGAAAUAGAGGGUUUAACCAUCUCAAGCCUGGCCUUAAUCUUGUUGGACAUACAUCGAGAUUGUCGAAAGAAGGAAAUCCUUUAGAACUGAUUGAUUCAUUUGUACAAGAGUCUUGCACUCUGUCUGAAGUAUUAAGAUGCAUCCAUAUUAUUCUUUUAUGUGUUCAACAACACCCUGAGGACAAGCCAAGGAUGUCAUAUGUGGUUUUGAUGCUGAGUAGUGAGAUAGCCCUAGAACAACCCGAAGAACCAGGUUUCCUUAUUGACAAGAAAUCACUUGAAACAAAUUCUUCAUCCAGUAAACCUGAAUCAUCUUUAACCAAUUAACCUCUCAGUGUUGGAGCCACGAUAAAGGUUUCUCGAAAACUGCUUGCCUUGUGCUAUGCAAGUUGCUGAAUGUUGUUUAGGAAUGCAUGCCAUAUACCUUAACUAUUAUUUCAAUCUUCUACUCUUCCAUAGUUGAAUAUUCUAAA